UUGUGUUCCCAAGAAAAGGAAUAGAAGACAAUAUGGGAAUAUUCUCACUCAGAGUUUCCCAAGUAAAGAACACGAAGGAAGACGCCCUCUAAUAUAUUCCCACAACGAAGGAUUAAAACUCAGCAGGUUUCCGGAUUCACCUUGUGGCAUCUCAGUUUCUCCUUCUACACAACAGAAACACCAUGAGGUCGUUCUCGGCAGCCAUUGCAAUUUGGCUGACCGUUUUUAUUUCUUCAGCACUGUCACAGGAUAUAUUUUCAUGUACAAAUGGAUGGGAACUUAGAGGAUUGUACUGUUAUAAAUACUUCAACAUAAAACACUCAUGGGAGAAGGCAGCAGAGCUCUGUCGAAGAUAUGGAGCAGAACUAGUCGCUAUUGAAUCCUAUACGGAGAACAAUGUUACACAAGCCAUUGCCACUGCUGGUGAGCUCAAUAGGAGAUCAUCGGACAAAUAUUGGCUAGGUCUAGCAUCACUGGAUGACCUAAGAACGAAUACUUUGGAGUCAGCAGCAGGAACAUUGGUGUCUCAGUAUUCGGGUUUCUGGUCACUUAAUCAGCCUGAUCCGAGAUCGGGAGAAUGUGUAGCUGUAUCCGUGGCCAAUGUCAUGCAGUCCUGGGAGUUAAGUACAUGUGAGAGUCUCCUUCCGUUCAUGUGCCGCGCCCCAGCAUGUCCCCAGAAUUCCAUUCACUGUGCCAACGGUGCGUGCGUCAAUCAAGCCUUCAAGUGCGAUGGAAAUGAUGACUGUGGUGAUGGAUCCGAUGAACUUGAUUGUCCGGCUUCGUGUCACUUCCACAUGCAAUCGGGUGGGGAUGUGAUUGAGUCACCAAACUUUCCCCACAAGUACGGGGCUCUGGCCAAGUGCAAAUGGACACUGGAAGGUCCACAGGGUAGCAAUAUUGUCUUGCAAUUCCAGGAAUUUGACACAGAAAAAACAUUUGACACGGUUCAGGUGCUCGUUGGUGGAAGAACUGAAGAUAAGUCCGUGUCUCUGGCUACAUUAUCGGGAAAAUUGGAUCUGACAAGUAAGCCCUUUGUCACAGCUUCCAAUUUCAUGAUCGUCAAAUUUGUCACGGAUGGAAGUGUUGAGAGGAAAGGCUUUAGAGCUACGUGGAAAACUGAACCACAGGUUUGCAGUGGAACUCUCCAGGCUACAUCUCAGGGUCAGAUUCUCACCAGUCCGGGAUAUCCUAAAAUCUAUCCUGGUGGUCUUGAAUGUCUUUACAUAAUUCAGGCACAGCCUGGAAGGAUUAUUUCCCUAGAAGUCCAAGAUUUAGAUCUCAAUCCAAUACAAGAUUACGUCUUGGUUAGAGAUGGUGAUAGUCCAAAGAGUCGCCCAAUUGCCAGACUGACUGGAAAGGCUAGAGACAAUGUGAAUGUUAUUAUGUCAACAGGAAGCAAACUCUAUGUUUAUUUCAAGACAAAUCUUGGGGAUUCUCGGAAAGGUUUCAGUUUGCGCUAUACGCAGGGUUGCAAAGCUACAAUUUUUGCUCGAAAUGGAACUGUUGCAUCCCCGGCAUUUGGUUUGAGUGACUAUCCCAGCAAUCAAGAGUGUCUGUUCAAAAUUAAGAAUCCAACAGGAGGACCAUUGUCUUUGCGUUUCAAUAACUUUAACGUUCACCAGACAGAUUUUGUUCAGGUUUUCGAUGGAGCUUCAACGUCGGGGCUAAGAUUGCAUUCUGGAAAUGGAUUCACAGGAAUUACAAAGCCUAAAUUAACUCUGACGGCGUCAUCUGGAGAACUUCUUAUAAAAUUUGUUACUGAUGCUUUGCACAAUAAUCCCGGAUGGUCUGCAAUCUUCUCGGCUGAUUGUCCGGAAUUGAAGCCUGGUCAUGGAGCUCUGGCAUCAUCAAGAGACACGGCAUUUGGAACAGUGAUUUCCUUUACAUGUCCUGUGGGUCAGGAAUUUGCAACGGGAAAGAAUAAGUUGAGUACAACUUGUCAAGAAGGUGGCACUUGGAGCAUUGACUAUAUUCCGAAAUGUCAGGAAGUUUACUGUGGUCCUGUACCUCAGAUUGACAAUGGCUUCUCCAUUGGAUCUUCGAAUGUGACUUAUCGAGGUAUUGCCAUGUACCAGUGCUAUGCCGGAUUCGCUUUUCCUUCAGCGAGUCCCAUUGAGAAGAUCUCUUGCUUGGCCGAUGGACGAUGGGAAAGGCAACCAGCCUGUUUGGCAUCUCAGUGUUCGCCUCUGCCUGAAGUUGCAAAUGCCAAUGUGACUCUCUUGAAUGGCGGAGGACGAAGCUAUGGUACCAUUGUACGAUUUGAAUGUGCUCCAGGUUACGAGAGAACUGGGGCUCCAGUGCUAAUUUGCAUGUCCAAUGGAACAUGGAGCAAUGAUGUUCCCAAGUGUACAAGAAAACGUUGCUAUUCUUAUCCAGAUGUGAAGAAUGGUUUCAUUGUUGAUAUGACCAGACAAUAUUUCUACGGAGAUGAAGCUAGAGUGCAAUGUUAUAAAGGAUACAAGCUCAGUGGCAGCAAUAUUAUCAAAUGCGACGAAGGACAAGAAUUCAGCAAUCUACCAACAUGCGACGACAUCAAUGAAUGCAGUUCUUCUCAAUGUGACUUAGCUUCCACUGAAUGCAUGAAUACUGCUGGAUCUUUCUAUUGCCAAUGUAAAAAGGGCUUUGCUCCAACGACUGAAUGUCGUCCUGUUGGUGAUUUGGGUCUAGCCAAUGGCGGAAUAUCCGAUGAUAGCAUUACAGUGUCUACAACUGAAGAUGGCUAUUCCAAGAGUCUCUUGAGAUUGACCUCAACCGGAUGGUGUGGAACAUCCACAGAACCUGGAAGUAAUUGGGUGUUGAUUGACUUUAAGGCACCAACUAUUCUUCGAGGUUUCCGAACUAUGUCUGUUCAAAGGGCAGAUGGAAUUGUGGCUUUUACAUCUGCCAUACGGCUUCAGUAUACAGAUGAUCUGACUGAUGUCUUCAAGGAUUAUGCCAAUCCUGAUGGCACAGCCGUUGAAUUUCGUAUACUCGAACCUACUUUGUCGAUCUUAAAUCUACCCAUUCCCAUUGAGGCUCGUUACGUGAGAUUCCGUAUUCAGGAUUACGUUGGAUCACCAUGCAUGCGCCUUGAAGCUAUGGGAUGUACUCGUUUGGAUUGUGUGGACAUUAAUGAGUGUGCUAAGAACAACGGUGGAUGCGAUCAGAAAUGCGUAAAUUCUCCUGGAAACUACCAAUGUGCAUGCAAUUCAGGAUAUGAGCUGUACAUGGCCAAUGGAACUGCUGGGUACCUUAUUGAGUCAUCGGAAACUGGCGAACGUGAUGGAGAUUCCCUGCAGAAGAAUAAGACAUGUGUACCUGUGAUGUGCCCGACGCUCACUUCUCCGGAAAAUGGAAAACUCCUGACAACGAAAGUACAGCAUCAUUUUGGAGAUUUGGUAUCAUUCCAGUGUAAUUUUGGUUACGUUAUGUCUGGUAGUGCUUCACUUCUGUGUCUCUCAAAUGGUCAGUGGAAUGCCUCAGUUCCAGAAUGUAUGUAUGCCAAGUGUGUAUCAUUGCCAGAUGACAAACAAUCUGGCUUGGCUGUAUUGCGUCCUGACCAGGAAAGUGUUCUUGUGCAAUUCCGUGACAAUGUAACAUUGACUUGUGGUUCUCCUGGACGAAAACUUAGGAGUACUGCUAGCUCAGGUUUUCGUCAAUGUGUCUAUGAUCCUAAACCUGGAUUGCCGGAUUACUGGCUGUCUGGGGCACCACCGGCAUGUCCAAGAGUCGACUGUGGAAUGCCAAUGGCAACUCCUGGUGCUGAAUAUGGUCAAUUUGUCGAUACAAAGUACCAGAGUUCAUUCUUUUUCGGCUGCCAAAAUACUUUUAAGUUGGCAGGACAGACAUCCAAGCAUGAUAACGUGGUAAGGUGUCAAGCUAAUGGAAUUUGGGAUUUUGGUGAUUUACGCUGUGAAGGUCCAGUCUGUGAGGAUCCUGGACGUCCAAGUGAUGGACUUCAGAUUUCUCGGAGCUAUGAGCAAGGGUCUGAAGUGUUAUUUGGUUGUUCUCGUCCUGGAUAUAUUCUCAUCAAUCCACGACCUAUUACGUGUAUGCGAGAACCUGAAUGUAAAGUGAUCAAACCCUUGGGGAUUUCUUCUGGAAAGAUUCCAGAUAGUGCCAUCAAUGCAACAUCGGAAAGGCCAAAUUAUGAAGCUAGGAAUAUUCGACUCAAUUCUGUGACUGGAUGGUGUGGUAAGCAAGAAGCUUUUACGUAUGUCAGUGUUGAUCUGGGCAAAGUAUAUCGGGUGAAAGCUAUUCUGGUGAAAGGAGUUGUGACCAAUGACAUUGUUGGACGUCCAACGGAGAUUCGUUUCUUCUAUAAACAGUCUGAAAAUGAGAAUUAUGUUGUGUACUUUCCCAAUUUUAAUCUCACAAUGAGAGAUCCUGGAAAUUAUGGAGAAUUAGCCAUGAUAACUCUGCCAAAGUAUGUUCAAGCUAGAUUUGUUAUUUUGGGUAUUGUGAGCUAUAUGGACAAUGCUUGUCUCAAAUUUGAGCUGAUGGGUUGCGAAGAGCCUAAGGUGGAACCUCUUCUUGGCUAUGACUAUGGCUAUUCACCGUGUGUGGACAAUGAACCACCGGUAUUUCAGAAUUGUCCACAGCAACCGAUCAUUGUAAAGCGUGAUGAAAAUGGGGGAGUUUUACCGAUUAAUUUCACAGAACCCACGGCCAUUGAUAAUUCUGGAUCAAUUGCUCGACUCGAAGUGAAACCACAGAGUUUCCGUACGCCAAUUCACAUUUUCCAGGACACCGUGGUGAAGUAUGUGGCAUUUGACUAUGAUGGCAAUGUAGCUAUCUGUGAGAUUAACAUCACAGUUCCCGAUGUCACACCGCCACUUUUGACUUGUCCUCAGAGUUAUGUGAUUGAAUUGGUGGACAAACAGGAUAAUUACCUGGUGAACUUCAAUGAGACUCGCAAGAGAAUUAAGACAUCUGAUGAAUCAGGAGAUGUUCAUUUGACUUUUAUCCCUGAGAGAGCAACAAUUCCUAUUGGAGCUUUUGAAAAUGUUACCGUUGAAGCCAGGGAUAGGUUUAACAAUAAGGCCACAUGUCAUUUCCAAGUGUCCAUUCAGGCAACACCUUGUGUAGAUUGGGAACUUCAACCACCGGUGAAUGGAGCUAUUAAUUGUCUUCCAGGAGACAAGGGUAUUGAAUGUAUAGCCACAUGUCGUCCAGGUUUUAGAUUCACAGACGGUGAACCCGUUAAGACAUUCUCCUGCGAACAUUCACGACUUUGGCGUCCGACAUCCGUUGUACCGGAUUGUGUGUCAGAAAAUACCCAACAGGCUGACUAUCAUGUUACAGCUACGAUGACGUACAGAGCUAAUGGUGUUGUUGCUCCAUCUUGCUUGCCUCAAUAUCAAGAACUUAUGGCACAAUACUAUGGUAAUCUGAAUCAGGUACUGUCGCAACGUUGUUCAGCUGUAAAUGUGAAUAUGAAUGUGUCUUUCGUACGAUCCGUUCCGACUCUCCUGGAGGACAAUGUUCUCAAAAUUGACUACAUCCUUGUGAUCAUACCAGCCGUGAGACAGCCACAACUCUAUGAUCUCUGUGGCUCAACGCUCAAUUUGAUCUUUGAUCUUGGUGUGCCGUAUGCAAGUGCCAUCAUUGAACCUCUACUCAAUGUAUCUAGCAUUGGUAAUCAAUGUCCACCACUUCGUGGACUCAAGAGUUCCAUCACACGUGGAUUUACGUGUAGUGUUGGUGAAGUACUCAAUAUGGAUACAAAUGAUGUUCCAAGGUGUCUUCAUUGUCCGGCUGGAACUUAUGCUGGUGAAGGUCAACGGGCAUGUACAUCGUGCCCACGGGGAUUCUAUCAAAAUCGCGAUCGCCAAGGUGUUUGUCUGAGAUGUCCACCGGGAACGUAUACGCGAGAAGAAGGUUCUAAAGCCAUUGCUGCAUGUAUUCCUGUCUGUGGCUAUGGAACCUAUUCACCAACGGGACUUGUGCCAUGUCUCGAGUGUCCACGGAAUUCGUAUUCUGGUGAACCGCCAACAGGAGGUUUUAAAGAUUGUCAAGCGUGUCCAGCUUCGACAUUUACAUUCCAACCAGCAGCUUCAGGCAAAGAUCGUUGUCGAUCAAAGUGUGCUUUGGGCACUUAUUCAUCCACUGGACUUGCACCCUGUACUCCAUGUCCAGCCAACUUCUAUCAAGCUAUGCCCGGUUCAACGAGUUGCAAUGAGUGUCCGACUAAUAUGAAAACUGAUAAACCAGGUGCAACUGGACGGGAAGAAUGUAAACCGGUGACGUGUCAGGAGAACACUUGUCAACACGGUGGAUUGUGCAUUCCCAUUGGACAUAGUGUUCAGUGUUUCUGUCCGGCUGGUUUCAGUGGACGACGCUGUGAGGUUGACAUUGACGAAUGUGCGUCUCAGCCAUGUUUCAAUGGUGGAACUUGUGUUGAUCUCCCACAAGGAUAUCGUUGUCAGUGUCCAGCAGGAUAUUCAGGAAUGAACUGCCAGGAGGAAGUAUCGGAUUGUCGCAAUAACACUUGUCCAGCCAGAGCCAUGUGCAAGAAUGAACCGGGUUAUAAUAAUUACACCUGUUUGUGCAGAAGUGGCUAUACAGGUGUUGAUUGUGACAUUACCAUUGAUCCAUGUACAGCUGCUGGCAAUCCUUGCUCAAAUGGUGCCACUUGCAUUGCUCUGCAGCAGGGACGGUACAAGUGUGAGUGUUUGCCGGGUUGGGAAGGUCCAGGAUGUGAAGUUAACAUUGAUGACUGUGCUGAACGACCAUGUCUCUUGGGUGCCAAUUGCACAGAUUUGGUGAAUGACUUCAAUUGUGCAUGUCCUCCUGGAUUUACUGGCAAGCGGUGUCAGGAGAAGAUUGAUCUGUGCCUCUCAGAGCCUUGCAAAUAUGGCACUUGUGUCGACAGACUCUUUACAUAUGAAUGUGUAUGCCAUCCUGGUUGGACUGGACCCAAUUGCAAUAUUAACAUCAAUGACUGUGCAAGUAGUCCAUGCGAAAAUGCAGGACAGUGCAUUGAUCUGGUAGAUGGGUAUUCCUGUACAUGCGAACCGGGUUAUACAGGAAAGAAUUGUCAGCAUCAUAUUGAUGAUUGUCAGAGUGAUCCAUGCCAAAAUGGAGCCACAUGUAUUGAUCAAUUAGAUGGAUUCAUGUGUAAGUGUCGACCAGGAUUUGUGGGAUUGCAGUGUGAAGCAGAAAUUGACGAAUGUCUCAGUGAUCCAUGUAGUCCUGUGGGCACAGAAAGAUGCCUUGAUCUGGACAAUAGGCAUACGUGUCUGUGUCGUGAAGGAUUUACAGGUGCCUCAUGCGAAACUGAUAUAGAUGACUGCGAAAAUGCCCCUUGUCUCAAUGGUGGAACGUGCAGAGAUAGAAUUGGUGGCUUUGAGUGCCAAUGUGUUGAUGGAUGGAGUGGUGAAAAAUGCGAAAAAGAAAUUACAAUGUGCUCGAGUCAGAAACCAUGCCAAAAUGAUGCCACCUGCAUUGAUCUCUUCCAGGACUUCUUCUGUGUCUGUCCAAGUGGAACAGAUGGAAAACAAUGUGAAACUGCUCCAGAACGAUGUAUCGGAAAUCCAUGCAUGCACGGUGGAAAAUGCCGUGAUUUUGGUUCAGGUCUCAAUUGUUCAUGUCCAAUGGAUUACGCUGGCAUUGGAUGUCAGUAUGAAUUUGAUGCAUGUGAGGCAGGUGUAUGUCAAAAUGGUGCCACUUGCAUUGACAAUGGGGCUGGAUAUCAAUGUAUCUGUGCUCCUGGAUUCACAGGACAGAACUGUGAAAAGGACAUUAUAGAUUGCAAGGAGAAUUCAUGCCCUCCAGGUGCCACAUGUAUUGAUCUAACUGAGAGAUUCUACUGCCAGUGUCCUUUCAAUCUCACUGGAGAUGAUUGUAGAAAGACCAUUCAAGUGGACUAUGAUCUGUACUUUAGCGAUGCUAUAAGAUCAACUGCAGCUCAGGUUGUUCCAUUUUACACUGGAGGAGCUGAAAGUCUGACACUUGCUAUGUGGGUACAGUUCUCUCAGAAAGACGAUGCAGGAAUUUUCUACACACUCUAUGCUGUGGAUUCACCACAUGUUCCCACCAAGAGAAGAAUGCUUCUUCAGGCACAUUCGAGUGGAGUUCAAAUUUCCCUAUUCCCAGAUCUUCAGGAUGCUUUCUUGUCCUUCCGCGAAUAUGCAACAGUGAAUGAUGGACAAUGGCAUCAUGUGGCUGUAGUUUGGGAUGGUAGAGCUGGACAAUUGAUGCUGAUCACAGAAGGUUUAAUUGCUUCCAAAGCAGAAUACGGUGGUGGACGACAACUUCCAGAAUACGCUUGGGCUGUUCUUGGACGUCCACAGCCAGAAGGUGGUUUAACUGCAGGAGCUACAUACGCCGAAGCUGGAUUCCAGGGUAAAAUUACAAAGGCUCAAAUCUGGGGACGAGCCCUAGAUGUGACCUCAGAACUUCAGAAGCAGGUUCGUGAUUGUCGCAGUGAGCCUGUUCUCUACCGAGGUCUGAUUUUGAAUUGGGCUGGAUAUGAACUGACAUCUGGAGGAGUUGAACGGAGUGUUCCAUCUUCAUGUGGUCAGAAGAAAUGUUCACCUGGCUACACAGGGCCCCAAUGUCAGCAGCUGGAAGUUGACAAGGAACCACCACGUGUUGAGCACUGUCCGGGAGAUUUAUGGGUGAUUGCCAGAAAUGGAUCUGCCGUUGUUAAUUGGGAUGAACCUCAUUUCAGUGAUAAUAUUGGCGUGGUAAAGAUUGCUGAGAAGAAUGGUCAUCGUCCGGGGCAAACACUUCUCUGGGGAAGUUACGAAAUUACCUAUGUUGCAGCUGAUGCUGCUGGAAAUACUGCAACGUGUACAUUCAAAGUUUCUCUCCUAUCUGAAUUCUGUCCACCUUUGGCUGAUCCUCUGGGUGGAACUCAGGUUUGUAAGGAUUGGGGAGCUGGUGGGCAAUUCAAAGUCUGUGAAAUUGCGUGCCAUCCUGGAUUGAGAUUCUCCGAAUCAAUUCCCGAAUUCUAUACUUGCGGUGCUGAAGGUUUCUGGCGUCCAACGUCAGAUCCCUCCAAGCCCCUUGUGUAUCCAUCUUGUUCGCCCGCCAAACCAGCUCAGAGGGUCUUCCGAAUCAAAAUGCUCUUCCCAUCUGAUGUUCUAUGCAAUGAAGCUGGUCAGGGUGUGUUGAGGCAACGUGUAAGAAAUGCCGUAAAUUCCCUGAAUAGGGAUUGGAGUUUCUGUUCGUACUCCACUGAAGGAUCACGUGAAUGUAAAGAUCUGCAGAUUGAUGUGAACUGUGAUCACUAUAGAGGAGGAAAUUCCAAUAGGGUCAAACGACAAAGUCCAGCUACUGAUGAUGAUGGCGGAAUUUACGUGUUGGAUGCCCAGAUUCCAGUUGAAAAUGAGACUUCUGGAGAUGUCGCAAGCAGAUCCCGUCAGGGAAGGCAGCAAAAUGGUGAUACAUAUACAUUGGAGAUCGCUUUUCCGGCAGUCAAUGAUCCUGUUCUUCAUUCAUCAACGGGAGAGAGAUCAGAUGUCAGGACACUUUUACAGAAAUUAAUUUUGGAAGAGGAUCAAUUUGCCGUUCAGGACAUUCUGCCCAAUACUGUUCCAGAUCCUGCAUCUCUCGAUCUCACCUCAGAAUAUGCUUGUCCGGUGGGACAGGUGGUUAUGGUGCCAGACUGUGUACCAUGUGCUGUGGGAACAUUCUAUGAAGUAUCCAAUAAGACUUGUGUACCCUGCCCACGUGGUCACUAUCAGUCAGAAACGGGACAAAUGCAGUGCUCCAAAUGUCCGAAUAUCGCUGGACGUCCUGGGGUGACAGUGGGUCCGGGAGCUCGUUCAGCAGCAGAUUGCAAGGAACGCUGUCCAGCUGGAAAAUUCCUCGAUCCUGAAACAGGUCUCUGUAGGCCAUGUGGCUAUGGAUUCUUCCAGGCUCGUGAAGGUUCUUUCUCAUGUGAACUCUGUGGACUUGGUCAGACUACAAGAUCACCUGAAUCAACGUCUAGGGAGGAGUGUCGAGACGAAUGUGCCAGUGGUAUGCAAUUGGGGGCUGAUGGGAAGUGUGAACCUUGUCCACGAGGCACAUACCGUACUCAAGGUGUUCAGCCGGCAUGUCAUACUUGCCCACUCGGUCGAACAACUCCCAAGGUUGGAGCUUCAUCCGUCGAAGAAUGCUCAUUGCCGGUGUGCACUCCAGGAACUUACCUCAAUGGCUCAAUGAAUAUGUGUGUGGAAUGUGAAAAGGGAUUCUAUCAGCCAGAAUCACAAAAGACAUCUUGCAUUCCAUGUCCACCAAAUCACAGUACAAACACCACUGCAGCGACUAGUCGAGCUGAGUGCAUCAACCCAUGCGAGACGAUCACCGAAGGACAGGCACAUUGUGAUCCAAAUGCAUAUUGCAUUUUAGUACCAGAAACUUCCGAUUUUAUGUGCAAGUGCAAGCCGGGUUUCAAUGGAACGGGAAUGCAGUGUACAGAUGUUUGCGAUAACUUCUGCGAGAAUUCGGGCACAUGCGUGAAAGACCUCAAGGGAACACCUUCGUGUAGAUGUGCUGGAUCAUUCACGGGUCCAAAGUGUGCUGAAAGAUCAGAAUUUGCUUAUAUAGCUGGAGGAAUAGCUGGUGCAGUGAUUUUCAUCAUUGUCAUCGUGUUGCUUAUUUGGAUGAUCUGUGUGAGAUCACAGAAGAGAAAGGAUCCUAAGAAAAUGCUAGCACCUGCUAUUGAUCAAACUGGAUCUCAGGUGAACUUCUACUAUGGCGCUCAGACACCCUAUGCCGAAAGCAUAGCACCGUCUCAUCACAGCACUUAUGCUCACUACUACGAUGACGAGGAAGAUGGUUGGGAGAUGCCUAAUUUCUACAAUGAAACGUACAUGAAGGAGGGCCUCCAUGGAGGCAAAGUCAAUUCACUGGCCAGAUCUAAUGCUUCACUAUACGGUACUAAAGAAGAUCUCUAUGAUAGACUCAAACGUCACGCUUACACGGGAAAGAAAGAUAAAAGUGAUAGCGAUAGUGAAGGACAAUAAAAGUGCAUUUCAACAAUGACUAAUCGAAAACAUCAUAAGGCGAUAUAAUUUAAUUAAGUUGUGUAGAUUUCACUGUAUUUAUCUGAGCACUUGAAUUUUCUCCCUCAUCAUCAUCCUCUUCAUUACGACAGAGAUUACGCAAAAUUUUUCAAUACUGACUCAAAGAUUCGGGCUCAAAUUGUGAGGGAGAAAAUUACACUGAAUUAAAGUCAAAUUUAAUAAAUAUACAAUAUCAAAAGAGAAGAAAAAACUAAUUAGGAAAUAUAUGCUAAUUGAAGAAAAAAAUAUAACGAGAAAAAAAUUAGCAAAAAAAAUCCUGCGUAGAUAGCAAAGAGUAAAAUCUCAAUUUGGAAUAGAAAUACUCAAAAGAAAAUUAUUUUACCUUUUUUUUAAGUUUUGUCCCUAAUUUUUUUUUGACAAAAAAAAUGCAAAUAUAAUGCGUGUUGUAUAGAAUAUUGUAAUAAAAGAAUUAUGUGUGUUUUUUUUUAUACAAAAAAAGUACGAAGUUUUUUUUUACAAUAUAAUACUUUGUAAUUAAUACUUGGAAUGUUAAUUACCAAAGUUAAGUGCGUUUUAAACAGUUUCUUUUUUUCCAUUCCUUGGAGAAGCAAUAUUUUAAGAACUUGUGUUGAAAAAUUCUUCAUUUUACUUGAAGUGUUGGUCUCAAAACAAAAAAAAAUAAUAAAAAUAAAAAUAAAAUAAAAGAAACUGUUUAAAUCGCCAUCGAGGCGGAGAGAUUUAUAUAAAAUAAAUAAGAAUUAUUUUUGUAUAAUUUGUAAUUGUGUCCUGAGUCGUAUUUAAUUUUAAUUUUAAAUUCCAUCUACUUUUGAUAUCUCUUGAUAAGAUUAGCAAGGGAAUCGAUUGUGCAGCUGAAACAGCAGACAGACAUUAUUUACCACAAUUUGUAAUGACUAUUUGAAUAUUGAAGAUUAAAAGAAAAAUUAUAUGGAAAAUAAAUGAAGAUCAAUUCAGUGAUUUUAAGAAAA